AUUUUGAAUCUAUACUUAAUAUUAUAAAGCUGAAGAGUUUGUUUGUUUGUACGCGCUAAUCUCAGGAACUACUGGAUUGAUUUCAAAAAUUCUUUCACCGUUGGAUAUGUACGUGAUCCCUGAGUGCUAUAGGCUAUAUAUUAUGUACCACGGGCGAAGCCGGGGCGGACCGCUAGUAAUGAAUAAAGAUGAUGUUACUGCACACAAGUACAAAAUACAUAUGCUUUCAAAAUUGAAAAUGUUACUAGUAUUAUCCCCUGACAAUAACCAUGUAUUCAUGCACAGCUUAUGCAGCAACAUAACUACGACUUUAUCCUAAAUAAACAUUAGCGCGAAAUAGCAAAUAGUGCAUUGAACACUUACCGCUUGGGGUGCAAUCCAGUGUCGUAUUACGGACAUAACCUCUACAAGUUCAAGGCUAUGCCUUCUCCUUUGAGUUACAUCAGUACCACAAUUAACACAAUAUCUCAAUUCAGUGAGAGUCGUGUGUUCCGUGUUCAGUCCGGGGUCAACAUUAGGGCUUCGAUCGGUACCGGUAGGAAUGCCAGGGUCGUCGUAAAUAGCGUCAUCGGUGUCCAUUAUAAAUAGCAAAAGUCGAGAUAAAAAACGGGAAACGAAACAAAAAUGACAACAAUUAAUAUUCACUACGAUUAAAUAGUAAACACAAUUCAACCACAAUGAGUGAAAGCGAAAGCCGAAUGUCGAAUGCGGAAUGACAUUUAGUUUGUCAAAAUGACAAGUCAAAAGAGUAAAGAUAAGUAAAGUCUAUAGCUAGGGUUGCCAUAAAAGUCAUUUUCGAGAAACAAUAAAAUAGAUUAUUAAUGAAUAAUAUCGAUAAUCGAAGUUAUUACAAUUAAUCGAGCAAUAUUGAUAUUGCUUUUUAUCUAUUCAAUAGCAAUUUACCUAAGUAUAACUGUGUGAUUUUUCGCCAUAAGUAAAUGAUUUUUACUAAAAGCACUUUGGGAAAUAACUUUUUCUUUUUGUUUUCGAUUUAACAAUAUUUUAUAUAAAUAAUCAAUUAACAAAUAAUCGAUUCAAAAAUAUAUGUAUUGAAAUCGAUUAUUAUUUGUUUUUAAUAAUAUUAUAUGUUUUUUAGACUGGCAACGUGACAUAAUCAAAUUACCAACCGGAAAUAAACCGGAACUAAAUAAUUAAUGGAUUAAAAUACUUAAUAAAUAAACAUUUUAUCAGUUUAUAUUGAUACAACUGAAAAUCACAAAUAAUCAUGAUUUAAUUUAUGAUAAUUUUUGGUAUAAUUGUUUUUUUGUAUGAAUUCUGUCCACGCCAAGCCAAUAUUGGACAGUUCCCUUUAUUACUUUUAUCCCCAUUUGUCUUGAAAGAUAUUAAUUUAUUCCCUCAUAUAUAAUUAUUUUAAAUAGGCAAGUAUUUAAUUUUCCUAGCUGGCAACUUAAUCACCACACCCAACAUCAAAGUGAAUAACGGAAAUUAAACCUUCGUGCCUUAAGAUUCAGUACAUAUUCGCAUGUGGUAUAUUUUAUAUAUUGCGCCCGCGUCAAUGAUCCAUGUCACUUUUACUCAUCAGGCCGCCAUCUUAAAGGCUGCCACAGAGCUUGUGUUGUGUUAAGUGAAAAUUGUGAAGUUUUAUAAAGCUAAUGCAACCAGUCUUCUGAUUUUUAUUAAGUAGCAAAUAUUAUAAACACAAUGAAUGCAGGCGAUGAAUCACAACCAGGGCCAUCUGGCUUACAAAAUCAACCCCAAUUACAAAUAUUGACAUCACAAAGGGGUAAGCGAUUGCUUCUUCGCGCGGGGCAUAAAUACAACGAAAAAAGAAAUAAUAAAGAUGGUACUACCACUUGGUACUGUAUAAAAAGGACCACGUGCAAGGCGGCACUAGUUACUUCUACUGACAACUCAAUUAAAAGAGAGGAUAUACACAAUUGUGAGCCUGAUUUCGCAUCCAACGAAUUAGAAAUACAACUUGGAAAGUGUAUUGAUAAAAUUACAUCGGACUAUACUAUUCCAGUGCCGAGUGCUUAUAGAGAAACUGUAUCAAAACUUAAAGACAGUGGAAUUAAUUUGAUUAAAAAAAUACCUGACUUUGUGAAUGUUAAAAAUAAGCUUUAUAAAAAGAGAAAUAAAUCAUUGGACGUCCCAAAAGUCUGUUUUAAAUCCCCAAGUGAAAUUAUUGUUUCUGAAAAAUUUAAAAAUUUUGUAUUAGCUGAUUAUAAUUAUAAAUCAAACAGAAUUCUAGUUUUUGCUAAUGAAAAUUGUAGAACAAUAUUAUCUCGCUCAAAUUUGACUAUUUUAUGUGAUGGAACCUUCAAAUGUUGUUUAAGGCCUUUUCAACAAUUGUACACCGUGCAUGUUGAUUUAGGAAGCAAUGAGAUGUAUAACAAUAUUAUGCCAGUGGUAUAUGCCUUGCUGCCAAGUAAAACAAAAAAUAUCUAUAACACUUUGUUUAACCUUAUCAAAAGCCAAAUCCCUCAAUUUAAUCCAAAAUUAUUUGUACUAGACUUUGAGCAAGCAGCAUUGUCCGCAAUUACAGAAACAUUCCCUGAAACACAAAUAAGUGGUUGUCAUUUUCAUUUUUCGAAAAGUUUGUGGCAAAGAGCUGACAAUUUAGGCCUAACCAAAUUUAAAUUAGCCAGAAAACAUAUAAAACGUUGCUCUGUUUUGGCGCAUCUACCUAAAGAAGAUGUAGAAAGUGGUUGGUUGUAUAUAAUGUCACAAUGUCCAAGAACUCCAAAUAUAGUCUCAUUCAAUGAUUAUUUUGUAGAAACGUGGUUAAGUGAAGAAUCAUUUUUUUUUAAUAAAUGGAACUGCUACAAUACACAACAUCGUACAACCAAUAUGAUUGAAAGUUGGCAUUCUACUAUUAACAAAAAAAUACCAGCCAAACCCAAAAGUAUAGCACAAUUUUUAACAAUAUUACAAAAAGAAGAUGAUUAUUUUAAUGUAUUAUACCAAAAAGGGUCUAACAUAACCAAAAAACUUAAAGAAACACAAGAAAUUGAUGAAAAUAUAUAUACUACCAUUAAUGAAUAUAAACAAGGGAAAAUAAAUAUAGAUCUCUGUAUCGAACGACUUGUUUUAUAAUUUUGUUAUUUAUCUAUUGCAUAAUUAUGACAAAUAAUACUAGUCAGUUGAUUGUAGUGAUUUUUCAAAAAAGUAAGUUUUUAAUUAAUCUGUGAUGUUUAAAAUGAUCUGUGAUUUUUUAAGUGAUUUAUAUGAUAGUAUAAAUAUUAGUGUGUAAGUUAAAUGAUUUAUGUGAUAAUAAAAACAUUAGUGUGUCUGUCAAACAUGUACUUUAAUAAUUGUCCAUACCGAUUGUUGAAUCCUAUUAGACUAAGCUUAUUUUUUUAUACAUCUAUGUUGAUUUUUUAAAUAUAUACAUGUUUUUAUAUUUUUAAGCUUGUUUUAUUUUACCUAUAGAAAAAUAUAUUUAAAAUCGAACCACUUUUGUACUUGACUGUACAAUAAUGCUUUUUAUUUUCAUUGACGGCCGAGUUGACGAAUACAAUAUACGAAAAAAUUACUUCGGCAACUCGACCGCGUGGCGCGGCCGAGUCGCAUAAUAAAAGAAUAAUUAAUAUUUUAUUUUCCCAACUCGGCCGCGCGGGCGAGUUUCUAGCGUCCGAGUUGACGAAUUA